UCUCUGUUAAUUACGAUGAAUAUUCAGACAUGUUUCUGUAUUCACGCAGGAAAAAGCGGCGUCUCAAGAGCUACAAUUAUAGCAAUUGUUGCUUCAGUUACUGCGUCUAUUUUACUCAUCUUCAUGGGUUACUAUUUACGUUGUAGGCGAGAAAGAAAGAAAUAUGGCACCAUAAGGGAAAACAGCGCCGACAGUGAUAUUACAACGGUUGAGUCCUUGCAAUUUGAUUUGGGUACAAUAGAAGCUGCUACAAAUAAUUUCUCCAAUGAUAAUAAAUUGGGUGAAGGUGGAUUUGGUGAGGUUUAUAAGGGAAUAAUGUCUAAUGGACAAGCAAUAGCUGUGAAGAGGCUGUCGAGAAAUUCUUUACAAGGUGCAGAAGAAUUCAAGAAUGAGGUCCUGUUGGUAGCCAAGCUUCAACACAGAAAUUUAGUGAGGCUGCUAGGAUUUUGCCUGGAAGGAGAAGAAAAGAUCCUGGUUUAUGAAUUUGUUCCCAACAAAAGCCUCGACUACUUUCUAUUCGAUCCUGAGAAGCGAAGGCAAUUGAAUUGGCCAAGGCGUUACAAGAUAAUAGAAGAAAUUGCUCGAGGAAUUCUAUAUCUUCAUGAGGAUUCUCGCCUCAGAAUCAUACACCGUGAUCUUAAAGCUAGUAAUAUUUUAUUAAAUGAAGAUAUGCAUCCAAAAGUUUCAGAUUUUGGUAUGGCUAAGAUUUUUGGAGUUGAUCAAACUCAAGGGAAUACUAGUAGAAUUGUCGGAACAUAUCGUUAUAUAUCUGACCUUGACACAAUGCAUGGGCAAUUCUCAGUCAAAUCAGACUUAUACAGCUUUGGCGUCUUGCUUCUUGAGAUAAUUUGUGGAAAAAAGAACAGUUCUUUCUAUCAAACUGACGGCGUUGAGGAUCUCGUCAGCCAUAUCUGGAAACACUGGAGAAAUGAAACUCCUUUUGAAGUGGUAGAUUCAGUUCUGAGAGAUUCAUAUUCAAGAAAUGAAGUCUUAAGGUGCAUCCAAAUAGGCUUGUUAUGCGUUCAGGAAGAUCCUUCCGACAGACCAACAAUGGCGAAAAUUGUUCUCUUGUUCAGUAGUUACUCUGUUACUCUGCCAGUUCCCCAACAGCCAGCCUUUUUUCUUCACAGCAAAUCGGGGCAGAUCAUGCCAGGGAAUGGGUUGGAUUCGGAACAGUCCACUAAUAAGUCAGUGUCAUGGUCUGUCGAUGAAGGAUCAAUUACUGAAGUAUAUCCUCGUUAGUGAAUGUAAUGAAAUUUUCUUGGAGGUAAGUGGUAGAAGUUUUCAAGGAUUGGAAACUUUGAUCUUUUAAUUUCAAUUUACGUUUCAAUCUUCAGUGUUA